GCUUCUGGGUAGCGGAGCCCAUGUCGGCCCUGAGGCGCUCCGGCUACGGCCCCAGCGAUGGUCCGUCUUACGGACGCUAUUACGGGCCAGGGGGUGGAGACGUGCCGGUGCACCCACCUCCGCCCUUAUAUCCCCUCCGUUCCGAACCUCCGCAGCCUCCCGUCUCCUGGCGGGUGCGCGGGGGCGGCCCGGCUGAACCCUCCUGGACGGGGGAAGGCGCCGGCGAUGGCUACUAUCCCUCUGGAGGCGCCUGGCCGGAGCCGGGCCGAGCUGGAGGAAGCCACCAAGAGCAGCCACCAUAUCCUAGCUACAAUUCUAACUAUUGGAAUUCUCCUGCACGACCUAGGGCUCCUUACCCGAAUACAUAUCCUGUAAGACCAGAACUGCAAGGCCAGAGUUUGAAUUCUUAUACAAAUGGAGCAUAUGGUCCACCAUACCCCCCUGGCUCUGGUGCAAAUACUGCCUCAUACUCUGGGUCCUAUUAUGCACCUGGAUAUACUCAGACCAGUUAUUCCACAGAAGUUCCGAGCACUUACCGUUCACCUGGCAGCAGCCCAACUCCAGUCUCUCGUUGGAUAUAUCCCCAGCAGGACUGUCAGACUGAAACACCCCCUCUUAGAGGGCAGGUUCUGGGAUAUCCUACUUCACAGAACCCUGGAAUGACCUUGCCCCAUUACCCUUAUGGGGAUGGUAAUCGUAGUGUUCCACAAGCAGGACCAACUGUACGACCACAAGAGGAUACAUGGGCUUCUCCUGGUGCUUAUGGAAUGGGCGCCCGUUACCCCUGGCCUUCAGCUGCGCCCUCAGCAGCACACGGGAGUCUCUACGUGACGGAAGGUACCUCACCAUGGUCCAGCAGUGGCUCUACUCCGUCACCUUCUUCACCACCACACCAGCAGCCCAAGGAUUCCUCAUAUCCCUAUAGCCAAUCAAAUCAAGGCAUGAACCGGCACAGCUUGCCUUGCAGUGUCCAUCAGUACGAAUCCUCGGGGACAAUGAACAAUGAUAAUUCACAUCUUUUGGAUUCCCAAGUCCAAUAUAGUGCUGAGCCUCAGCUAUAUGAUAAUGCCACCAAUGAACAUUCCAGCAAUCAAGAUCAAAGUAAUAGUCUUCCUGAAGAAUGUUUAUCUUCAGAUGAAGGUACACCCCCAAGUAUUAAAAAAAUCAUACAUGUGCUAGAGAAGGUUCAAUAUCUUGAGCAAGAAGUAGAAGAGUUCAUAGGAAAAAAGACAGACAAAGCAUACUGGCUUCUGGAAGAAAUGCUAACCAAAGAACUUUUGGAACUGGAUUCAGUUGAAACUGGGGGCCAGGACUCUGUCCGGCAGGCCAGGAAAGAGGCUGUUUGUAAGAUCCAGGCCAUACUGGAAAAAUUAGAAAAAAAAGGAUUAUGAAAGAAUUUAGAACAAAGUGGAAGCCUGUUACUAACUUGACCAAAGAACUCUUGAUUUUGGUUGAUUACCCUCUUUUCAAGAUGCCUGUUGAUGACAAGAAGCAAUACAUUCCAACUUUCCUUUGAUUUAAAAUUUGAAAAACUGGCAAAGGAGUGGAAGAACAUUUUAAUUACGAGUUGCUUUCAGUUUUCAGACGAAUGAAUGUAAUAAGAAACUAUAAAGUUAUCAAUAUUGCCAAGUAGAACUCACUCCUUAAGAAAUUUAUGGAUAUCUUUUAGCUUCUUAUCAGCAGGAGGGAAAUACACUUUAUGUAACAGGCUUAUCAGAAACCUACCAGACAAGACUGGAUAUAAUGAGACAAACAGGCUCUGUUUUUUUAAACCUAUGGAUUAUUUGUCACAUAUUUUGUACAGCGUGACUGCUUUCAAUAUACAUUUCAUGUGUAAAUUACAGCUUAGACUUUAGCCUUCUUGGACCUCUGUUUUGUUUUGUUAUUUGUAGUUCACAAAUACAGUAUUAUUCUCUAUUUCUUGGUACAUUUUGUAGUAAUAUGUUUAAUAUAAUUAUUCAAGAGACUGUAUUGACAGCUGGAUAGUAUGGCAAUUCUGAAUGAAUUUAUAUCUUUUCAUUGCUUCAAUAUAUUGUAAUGUGUAGUGAGCUCUGGAAGUAAAUUGUUUGUCUCCCUUUUUGUAUAGAUAGUUAGGUUAGAAUUUUUACCACUUCUACUUUUCAUGGUAGUAGUGGAAGGCGAAUUUGGAAAUGGCAUUGACAUAAGAACGAAAAUGUUUGUGGACAUUUUUUUUUUUUGAUUUUUUGUUAUAUUUA